ACAAGAGUGUGGUAUAAUAUUUAUAAGAAGACAUAGAUAAGUAGCUAGCGUGACAAAAAAAAAAAAUGAAUUCUCAUACUUUUUCCAAGGUUGUAGCAGCAUAUGUCUUGUUCGUGGCGGUGGUGCUGGGAAGCAGUAGUUGUGGGAUGUUUGUUCGUGGAGAAACCAGCUUUGAUGAGAACUAUGGAGUGACAUGGGGGUUUGAUCACGCCAAGUCGUACCAUCAAGGAACUGAAGUUCAGCUCUCCCUCGAUCUUGCUUCCGCAGGCGCUGGGUUUGAGUCGAAAGUGAGUUACGGGUCCGGAAGUUUUCACAUGAAAAUAAAGCUCCCAGGAAGGAAUUCUGCUGGGGUUGUUACGGCAUUCUACACGUCGUCACCGGUGUCGGGACAUGAUGAGUUGGACAUAGAGUUCCUGGGGAACCAGGAAGGGAAACCGAUCACAUUGCAGACCAACAUCUUCAUCAACGGCAAGGGAGACAGGGAGCAACGGUUUCACCUCUGGUUCGACCCCACCGCCGAUUUCCACGACUACACUAUCCUCUGGAAUCAUCAUCAAGUCGCAUUUUUGGUGGACAACAUUCCGAUAAGAAUGCUGAAGAACGUGAAGGGGAUCGGGUAUCCGGCGGGCCACCCGCUGAAGGUGGUGGGGAGCCUGUGGAACGCGAGCUGGGCCACCGACGGUGGCGCCACGCCGAUCGACUGGAGCUACGCUCCGUUUCAGGCGCAGUUCCGCGAUUUCGGGGUCAGCGGGUGUCCCGCCGCCGCGUACGCCGACCUCCGCGGUUGUUUCUCGCCGAGUUACUGGUGGAACGAUAAGCAGUACUGGAGGCUCAGCAAGGCGCAGCUGAAGGCGUACCUGGACACCCGCAAAAGGUACAUGAGCUACGACUACUGCUCCGAUUCCGCCCGGUAUCCUACGCCGCCGCCGGAGUGCGGUUUCCAAUGAUGAUCGUCGAUCGGUAAUAAGCCUGCCUGAUUGAUGAUGUAGUUAAUCACUUAGAAAUAAAGAUGGUUGGUUAAUAUAUAUGUUUACUCUAAAUUUACACAAUGUAAGUUGGAAGUUGGAAGAACCCCUCAAUUUAUGCCUUCUUAAGGAAAAAUAUCAUUGUAGAAUGUGUUUUGGUACCUAAUAUUCUUCAUUAUAAUAUUCUAGUACCUAAACUUGUCAAAAUUUUC